GGGGCGGGGUCGGCGGGCGCAGAUGCCGCGUGGCGCCGUGGGCGGGGCGAAGUGCGCGGGAUAGCGGGCUGCCCCUGCGGAACCGGUGCCAGCCGCGAGGGCUGCGGGCGAGGCCUCGCACACCAUGAGCGUGGGCUUCAUCGGGGCUGGCCAGCUGGCGUUUGCCCUGGCCAAGGGCUUCACAGCAGCAGGAGUCCUGGCUGCCCACAAGAUAAUGGCCAGCUCCCCAGACAUGGACUUGGCCACAGUUUCUGCUCUCAGGAGGAUGGGGGUGAACCUGACACCUCACAACAAGGAGACUGUGCAGCACAGCGACGUGCUCUUCCUGGCCGUGAAGCCACAUAUCAUCCCCUUUAUCCUGGAUGAGAUUGGUGCCAAUAUCGAGGAUCGGCACAUCAUAGUGUCCUGUGCAGCUGGUGUCACCAUCAGUUCCAUUGAGAAGAAGCUGAUGGCAUUCCAGCCAGCCCCCAAAGUCAUCCGCUGCAUGACCAACACACCAGUUGUGGUGCGGGAGGGGGCCACUGUAUACGCCACGGGCACACAUGCCCAGGUGGAGGAUGGCAGGCUCCUGGAGCAGCUCCUGGGCAGUGUGGGCUUCUGCACCGAGGUGGAGGAAGACCUUAUUGAUGCCGUCACGGGACUCAGUGGCAGCGGCCCAGCCUACGCAUUCACUGCCCUGGACGCUCUGGCUGAUGGGGGUGUGAAGAUGGGGCUCCCGAGGCGCCUGGCAGUUCGACUUGGGGCCCAGGCUCUGCUGGGAGCUGCCAAGAUGCUGCUGGACUCAGAGCAGCACCCGGGCCAGCUCAAGGACAACGUCUGCUCUCCCGGGGGAGCCACCAUCCAUGCCCUGCACGUGCUAGAAAGUGGGGGCUUCCGAUCCCUGCUCAUCAAUGCUGUGGAGGCCUCUUGCAUACGCACAAGGGAGCUGCAGUCCAUGGCUGACCAGGAGACGGUCUCACCAGCUGCCAUCAAGAAGACCAUCCUGGACAAGGUGAAGCUGGACUCCCCUCUGAGGGCCUCACUGGCCCCUGCUGGCCACUCCAAACUACUUCCCCGCAGCCUGGCCCCAGCAGGCAAGCAGGAUUGAAGUGUCUGACCCACCCCACUGGACUGCUUUCCACGUUCUCUCGUGGGCUCAGAGCUCCUGCACUGGGUGUCUCUACCCCCAGGCCACACAGGGCGUUUCUACAAUGCCUAGUGCCCCCAGCUCUGGUCAGUUUAGGAGUCAGCCAGGGAGUGGGCACAGUGCUCCCCAGUGGGAAUCUCCAGAGUCCCUGAGCACUUCCUGGCCCAGAAGGGAGAUGUAUUUCUCUGACCUCAACAUCCUCCUUCCUCUGUUCCCACACCAGGUCAGGACCACCUUCCUCUGAUCCGGAGGAGGCCUUAAGGUUCACCCCCUCUGGAGUCAGCGGGCUUUGAGGCAUGGCUCCUUCCUGAGCACGGAGGGCAAGUUUCUUCCCCAUGAAGGCCUAGCCAAGGAGGGAUCCCUGUCCUCCUGCCCUCUGCCCACUGGGGGGGAUACCUCCUUGGAGUAGGAAGGAUGGGAGGGUCCCAGGAACCCUAAGCCCAGGGGGAGGUCCACAGUACUUGACCAACUGCCAACUACCCCUCAUUCCCUCUUAACAUUUGAGAAAAGGGCUCCUUAGAUAGUUGAACUUAUGAGGCCCCAGCACACUCAGGCCACCCUCUCCAUGACCCAGCCACAGACACUGUCAUUCCUCUCCCUGACCUUUUAGGUUAAAUAAAUUGGUUUCCAGUCCAGUG